GAGCUCCAGAGCGGGCGGGCGGUGGGACGGCUUCGCGCAGGCGCUUUGGGAGGACUGGGAGCCGCUGGAGAAACUACGUGAGUUGUAGCUGGUUGCUAGCGACCAACGGAUUGGGGAAAGUGUCAGCGCAUUACGUAAGCUUCUAGGGGUAUUAGAUUGCGCAUGCACGCAGAACUGCUUCGGCGACCGUACUGCCGUGCGUCCGCGUCAUUGUGAUGUUUCCCUCCACACCCACCUACUCUUCCCUGUGUGACUUCGAUUAGUUUCAAGUGUGGGGACAGGCCGAGUGGCCGGAUGGACCGCACGACAUGCCUGCGUCUUCUGUCAGGAAAGUGUGGCUUUGGCCACUGCUGGAAAAGGGCCUCUCUCCAACCUCCACCCUGGAACCGCCCAAACCCUGCUGUCCCCCGAAAGCAGAGGCCCGCGCGGCCGACCAGAGACUUCCUGGGAGUGAGGGCGUCUUCUGCCUAGAUCACUUAGUCCUCCAGACUGAGCAGGGAGGCAUGAGCAGCGGGUUUUGGCCUGUGCUUUGAGAAAAAGGAUUGCGCGUGUUUUCCUACAAGUUUGUUCACGCUAAGGCCUCCAGCAACCCGCUUUUUCUGUGUUCUCACAGCAACCAAGACUGGUUUCUGUAAACCGGCCUGUGAAGAGUACAGCCUGCCUGUUGCUGGCUCCUUUGUUCUUGGUGUGAGCAGCAGGAGGCCUUAGCUCCUGCUAGGUUGGUUCACUUAUGGAUCCCAACAGAAUCACUUGUUUCUACACCAACAAACAAGCCUUUACUUAAAGACCUUUUAGAAUAGGGUCCCAAAGAAAAGCUGCUUUCUGCAGCCAGCAAUGGACCUUACCUGAAAGCGGCACCUUGACCUGACAGGUGGCCACGGAGCACCUGAAGGCCGCUUUGCGAGCAAGGGCACAUAUCAUGAGACUGUACAUUGAGAGCCGCUACCACCUUCAAGAGCAAAGCACAAAGCCUGCUAUGGCCAGCAGGACAUCCUUAAGGCCUGCCGAUACCUGUUACAUUUUGGGAAGAGAAACGUGUAAUGUGAGCGAGCAUAUGAAGCCAUUGAGACUAAUACAUGUGGCCUGUGUUUCGCUCAGGUGCUGAUCAUGUCAGAGGACACUAAGGGUCCUACAGAGCCCUUGGUAGGGUCUAGCACCCUCUGGAAGGACCUCAGGGUACUCCUGCCUGACACAGAGGAGGAGCUGAAGCUGGAGCUCAGUGAGAAGGUGGACAGGAGCCUGACCAUGCUGCUACAGCAAGCUGUGGGGUUGUUCUAUGCAGGACAUUGGCAGGAGUGCCUGCAGGCCAGCGAGGCCAUCCUGGACUACUCCUGGGAGAAGCUCAACACUGGACCCUGGCAAGAUGUGGACAAGGAAUGGCGCCGUGUGUACUCCUUUGGCUGCCUCCUGAAGGCCAUGUGCCUGUGCCAGGCACCACAAAAGGCCACUGCAGUGGCUGAAGCAUUGCGGGUGUGUGACAUGGGCCUGUUGAUGGGGGCAGCAAUCCUUGGAGACAUCCUUCUCAAAGUUGUCACAGUCCUGCAGACACACCUGCUCCCAGGAAAGCAGCCUGCCCGUGACCCCCACCAGGACGAGCCUUUUACGAAGAAGACAAAAUGUGACUCCAACGCAGCUCCCGAUGUGGUGUUAGAGCGGGCAGUGCCCAGGCUUCGCUGCCCAACCCUGCAGUACUUCAGGAAGCACUUUCUAGUCCCUGGGAGGCCUGUGAUCUUGGAAGGCGUGGCUGACCACUGGCCGUGCAUGAGUAAGUGGAGUCUACAGUACAUCCAGGAGGUCGCUGGCUGCCGCACUGUCCCUGUGGAAGUGGGCUCAAGGUACACGGAUGAGGACUGGUCCCAGACCCUCAUGACCGUCAACGAGUUCAUCCACAAAUACAUCCUGAGUGAGGCAAAGGAUGUUGGGUACCUUGCUCAGCACCAGCUAUUCGACCAGAUCCCAGAGUUGAAACAGGACAUCAGCAUCCCCGAUUACUGUUGCCUGGGCAACGGAGAAGAGGAAGAGAUCACUAUCAAUGCCUGGUUUGGUCCCCAAGGAACCAUCUCCCCAUUGCAUCAUGACCCCCAGCAGAACUUCCUAGUCCAGGUAUUAGGAAGGAAGUACAUCCGGCUGUAUUCCCCACAAGAGUCUGAAGCAGUGUACCCUCAUGAGACACACCUUCUUCAUAACACCAGCCAGGUUGAUGUGGAGAACCCCAACCUAGACAAGUUCCCCAAGUUUGCUGAGGCCCCAUUCCUGUCCUGUAUCCUCUCCCCAGGAGAGACCCUUUUUAUACCUGCUAAAUAUUGGCAUUAUGUGCGUUCCCUGGACCUGAGUUUCUCAGUCAGCUUCUGGUGGUCAUAGCCAGGGUCAGAGCGCAAAGGACCCACUGGGGAAAUCCCUCACCCAAUGCUGCCAGAGUCCACAAGUCCCACCCCCAGGUACUCUCUGUAGGACCUGUGUGCGGAGCUGCUGUGCGUACACAGGCCACACCCAUUAUGGAUGCUUCUUUUCUUUGUAACUUACGUUUUUCAAUAACGUAAAUAAAAAUAUUUUCUAAAUU